AUGGGGUUGGAAUUCAAGAUGCAGAAAUCAACGCCCAGGAGUGGAACAAGUGCAGACGAAACUUACAAUUUGUUGGUUACUCGGACCGCUUUUGAUCUGGAGACUUUGUUCAUCGAAUUGGACGUAGCUUAUACUCCACUUGUUGGGUCUAGUAUAACCGAUUUCACAAACUCAAUGGGUUGGACUUCGGCCAGUUGUUGGAUUUGGGAGGAACAAACCUGUGAGGAUAAUCUGAUGUAUCCAUGGGAAUUGGAAUCCCAAAACGGACUAUAUGAGUCCAGCGUCCCUGCUUCUGAUAUACAACUUGUCAAUGUAAUGUUUGUUCAUACAAUACCCGAGACCGGGAGGCUACUUCCUUCCGCGAGCCAAUGGAACGCCAUAGAGCUCGACUUCAAUCUCCUCCCUCGAUCAUCUUCAUCGUCAAACUCCCAUGAUUAUUCCAUCCCUUCACCGUAUUCUAAGUCCUAUGAUUAUGAUAUUGUAAUAGCUGAUAAGAAGCAUUUCAAGCGAUUUCUUUACGGAUUAGUUGCUCUAAUUUUAGUUAUUAUAGCAAUUGUCCUGUUAGUGAAUCUCUUGCCUCAUAAACAGAAGCACCGUGGGCCUUCAAAGAACCUCAGUCUUGCAAUAAACCAGGCUUUGAUGUUCUUUGAUGCUCAAAAGUCUGGUCUGUAUCCAAGAAAUAGUCCUGUAAAAUUUAGAGGAGAUUCAGGAAUUCAAGAUGGGAGCUCGAGCAAUCCACCGGUUAAUCUUGUUGGCGGGUUUUAUGAUUCUGGCAACAACGUAAAGUUCACUUUCACAACAGCUUACACCAUUACACUCCUCAGUUGGAGUGUGAUUGAGUAUCAAGAAAAGUUUGCUUACAUAGAUGAGCUUGAUCAUGUCAAAAAUAUCAUCAAAUGGGGUACUGAUUACUUGCUCAAAGCCUUCGUGUAUUCAAAUUCGACUUCUUCGACAGUUCUCUAUUCGCAGGUUGGAAGCACUGGUAGCGAUAUAAGUUGCUGGCAGAGACCUGAAGACAUGAACAAUCCAAGACCAGUUUCUGUUUGUAGUAGCACGGAUUCUGAUCUAGCAGGGGAAAUCAUUGCAGCAUUAUCAGCAGCAUCAAUAGUAUUCAAAGAAGAUAAUUCGUACUCGAAAUCUUUAGUUGAAGCUGCUGAGAAGUUGUUUCAGGCAGCGUCUGUAGACGAUCCAGGACACAGGCCAAGAACUUAUACUGCAGAUGAUGUUUGUGGUGGAGGAGCUGCAAAGUUCUAUAACUCCUCAGGUUAUCAAGAUGAAUUGGUUUGGGGAGGAACUUGGCUGUCUUUUGCUACUGGAAACACAACUUAUCUUGCCUAUGCCACGAACAGGUUUCGGGAAGCUGAUCAAGAUCAAAUUAUAUCAGAAAAAGGACUGUUCUAUUGGAACAACAAGAUUGCUGCUACCGCGGUUCUGAUGACAAGACUUCGAUUCUUCAAAGACCCCGGUUACCCCUAUGAAGCUGCGUUGGGAAAUUCGUCGAAGAAUACAGAUUUUCUCAUGUGCUCUUAUCUUUCUGAUAAAACAUUCAAAAAGACACCAGGUGGCUUGAUCAUCUUGAGGCCUGAGUAUGGCCAGCAACUCCAGUUUGCAGCAACAGCAUCUUUCCUGAGCAAAUUAUACUGUGAUUACCUUAAACUUCUGCGUAAAACCGGCUCAAGUUGUGACACUCAAGGCUUUUCUCUGCAAAUGUUGCAGAAAUUCUCUCUGUCUCAGGCAAGAAAGCGCGAUAAGUACUACUACAAGCUCUAUCAGUGCAUAAAAUGUAAUCUAACUGCAGGAACUUCAAUACUUUUUCAGGUAAAUUACAUUCUAGGAGAUAAUCCAAUGAAGAUGAGCUAUGUUGUCGGGUUCGGAGACCAUUAUCCUACCAAAGUUCAUCACAGGAGUGCAUCAAUCCCUUGGGAUGGUCAGUAUCACUCUUGUCCAGAAGGGGAUAGAUGGCUUUACUCUAAAGACCCUAAUCCAAAUGUUCUCUUGGGAGCUAUGGUAGGAGGACCAGACCAAUCCGACAAUUUCUUCGAUGACCGGAGCAAACCACAGUUCACUGAGCCAACCAUAUCAAGCAAUGCCGGAUUAGUUGCAGCCCUGAUUGGACAUUAUGAACUCCCAGAUUCACUGGAUUUGGGAAUAAACCAAACCGGUAUCUUCGACAAGAUUAUCUUGACAGCUUCAACACCAUGAAAAUGUUUUCU